CUGACUGUUUUGAAGCAUGGUGAUGGCACUACUUUAGACAUUAUGUUAAAACUUCAUAAACAAGCAGAUACGCAAGAAGAGAAAAACCGAAUCGAAAGAGUCCUUGGCGCUACUCUCUUGCCUGACCUGAUUCAAAAAGUCCUCACGUUUGCACUUUCAGAAGAGGUACGUCCACAGGACACUGUAUCGGUAAUUGGUGGAGUAGCUGGAGGCAGCAAGCAUGGAAGGAAAGCUGCUUGGAAAUUCAUAAAGGACAACUGGGAAGAACUUUAUAACCGAUACCAGGGAGGAUUCUUAAUAUCCAGACUAAUAAAGCUAUCAGUUGAGGGAUUUGCAGUUGAUAAAAUGGCUGGAGAGGUUAAGGCUUUCUUCGAGAGUCACCCAGCUCCUUCAGCUGAGCGUACCAUCCAGCAGUGUUGUGAAAAUAUUCUGCUGAAUGCUGCUUGGCUAAAGCGAGAUGCCGAGAGCAUCCACCAGUACCUCCUUCAGCGGAAGGUCUCACCACCCACAGUGUGAAUCCUGAGGUGCCGCCAUUGGCGGUUCUGCUGCUUCGCUGCAGGGAUAAGGUGGAGCUACCGAACAGCUGAUUCGUAUGCCAAGAAUUUGGAGUCUUCUUUCAAACCAGUGGGGGCUGGACAAUGAAUGUAGUUAACUGGUUCCUGCUCACACUCCAGAAUUAAAUUCUAUUGAAAAAGGAAAAUCUGCAAUUCAGCAAAAAAUAAAUAAAAAAUAAAAAUGUAAAUACGAUAGUAAUAAAAUAGAGCAUAACGAAACUGUGAAACUUUCUGAAGCCUUGUCAGUGGUUAAAAGUAUUUAACACCCUACUGUUAAUGACAGAUGUUCUGUUUUUAUAACCUACCAAAAGGAAACUAGAGGCUUCUUGGUAAAGAGGAUUUUUGUGAAGUGGGUUCUGCAAGCAGCCUAUAAGCCAAGGGUGGUGUCCAUUUCUGGGAAUGGUUAAACACAAAAGGCUGAUAGCUGGUAUAACAUAGUUGGAGUCAGUGCAUAAUUCCAAGUGGCUUUUUUUUUUGGCACGGGGACUGAUCAGGAAGAUAUAUUCCUGUAUAACUCAAUCUGAACCAAGGAUUGUAGUUUAAUUUUCCUCCUUGCCUUCCCUUCUGUGUGACCCCUUGGCCAAAAAAAAACAAACAAAAAAACAAAAAACAAAAAACAAAAAAAACAAAACGUACCCUGUUCUGGUUUUUUUCCUCCCUUUAGUUCCACCCCCAACCCCCAUUCCCCAGUGUCCUUCUUAGAGAUAAAUAAUAAGGAAACAUCUUUCAUAGCCACAUUAAAUAAAGAGAAACUGAUAUA